GCGUGUGUGUGUGUGUGUCUGCAUGUGUGCUCGUUCGUUACGCUGAAGGCUUUUGGUCCUCUCUGGCAUCUUCACGGCAAACCUGUUACCAUUGCACCUGAUAGCGUGAGGUCAUCUUUGUAUGUGUGUGGGUGUGGGUGUGUGUGUGUGUGUGUGGGCGUGUGUGAAUGGGAGUCUAAGCCUUUGAGUAAGAGUUUGAAUUGAAGCCUGUCUGUUUGUGUUAGUGUGGGACUGAGUGUGUGUGUGUGCAAAUAGGUUUGAGCUUUGUCUGUCUCUUCAUGUGCACAGGAGCAUGUGUGUGUGUGUGUGUGUCUGAGUUUGUCUGACGGAGCGUGUGUGUGACAGGACGUGUGUAUGUGGCGCGCGUGUGUGUGUACGCGGCGCGAGUGUGUAUGUAGCUCCGCUUGUCUGAUUGCUGGCGGGAGGAGUGGCGGGUGGGCUGCUCUGUGAACAGGACCCCGUUCCGUGCGACACACACACACACACACACACACACACACACACACACACACACACACACACGGAGAGGAAGCCACCCUGCAGCCUGUCAGCUGUCGGCGGUCCCAGUGAGAGUACGUCCAUCUCGGCGUUCCGGUCCAGCUCGGCGCUCCGGUCCACCCCAGCGAGGGAUGUCCACUCCAGGCUCCAAAGACAGCAGCAAGAGGAACUCCUCGGAGCUGGACUCCGAGCAUGCUCAGAGGGUCCCGGAGGCGGAGCACCCGCAGCAGGUGAAGAUGAAGGACAGGCAGAAGUUCUUUGAGGAGGCGUUCCAACAGGACGUGGAGCAGUACCUGUCCACCGGCUACCUGCAGAUCACCGAGAGGAGAGAGCCAAUAGGAAGCAUGUCCUCUAUGGAGGUGAAUGUGGACAUGCUGGAACAGAUGGACCUGAUGGACAUAUCUGACCAUGAGGCACUCGACGUGUUCCUCAACUCUGGAGGGGAGGACAACAGUGUCGCUUCACCACUGCUCGAUCCGGACGUGGAGUCCUUCACCACGGAGAUCACGCUGCAGGUGCCCACCCAGGCCGAGCUGCGGCACAAGCUCUCCUCGCUCUCCUCCACCUGCACCGACUCGGCCAGCCAGGACACGGAGGCGGGCGAGGAGGAGGAGGAGGAGGAGGACGACGACGAGGAGGCGGAGGAGGAGGACGAGGAGGAGGAAGAGGAGCCGCAAGGAGCGGCGAGCCUGUCCGGCGCCCGGUCAGCGCAGAGGCCGCCUCGAGGAAGAGGGGGAAACAGGACCGUUGCCAUGGCAUCCACAUCCACGUCGCUGUCAGCUAGCCAGACAGUGAAGAACGGGGAAGGGAACGGCAUCCAGACCACGUAAGGGGACCAGUGAAGUGACACACACACACACACACACACACACACACACACAAACACAAAAUAAGCCUAUAUACUUUAAGACUGCCUGACAUGCACUUGUGGAUCUGGGACAGACAGAUGGACUUCUCCACGGGAUGGCUCCCACAUUUACUGAUGGUGAUCGUUCCUUUUAAUUUUUGUAAACAUUGUGUCCCAUAUUCUGACCGCACUCCAAACCUCUGACCCAGUGCCUGGGGAUAAUAAAUGUCUUUUCUCCCA